AUGACAGCCGGGACAGUGGUCAUCACUGGUGGAAUCCUAGCAACAGUAAUACUACUCCUUAUCAUCGCUGUACUGUGCUACUGUAGGCUGCAGUAUUAUUGUUGUAAGAAGGAGGAAUCCGAGUCGGAGGAGGAGGAGCCAGACUUUGCUGUCACUUCCCGCCUCCCUCCCGUCCACUCGAACCACAACAUUGUGGCGGCCACCGCUGCCGCCUCGGCCAUCCCCAAUGGCCCCGCCCUUUUCUCCACCCCCCCUCUGGCCAGGAAACUGACGCGCUCACAGACCUUCUGUCCCUCAUGUACACACUAUGAGCUGCCCUUUUACCUCCAGCCCCCACAGUCUCAGCCUCCGCCCCCCCAGUUGCACCACCAGCCAGACGGGCUGAGGAAUGGAGGGGAGCGCAUCAGCUACCGCAGCGUCCAGCAGCAAGAGCUGGACCUGCCUGUGCCUGUGAACAUCACAAACUACCGCAAGCCCCAGCUGGCCCGCUCCGUCACCAUGAGAGACAUGUUCCAGCGCAGCUGUAGCAUCAGCACUGAUGUCUAGCUGUAUGGACGGUGUGUGCUGACAUGGAGCUGUGAAGCCAGGGACUGACCACAGUCUUCUCUCAUGUAAUAUAGUGUCCACUGGUCUGCCCUCACAAUGGAGGACACAGAGGGCUCUCAGGACUGGAUUCUAUGGUACUAUGCGCUGGUCCCGGACCUUAAACUCAUUUUAAGUUAAAAUAAUUUUAUGAUAAAUUUCCAUUUUUCUUCUUUUUUUAAAAAAAUGUAUCUGUCUUAAAUCUUAAUUCUACUUUCUUGGACCCAUAGACGAUUGAUUGCCACUUUGUCAAAACAACAUCAGCAGGGAUUUCUCUGUGCUAUAGCUGCUAAAAUCUGAUUCGGACUGGUGUGCUGUUAACCUCCUGUGUGCUGGAUGAUCUAUUGGCAGAUUAAAAAACAAUGGGGUGGGAAAGCCGGAUGACCGUUUUAAACCAAUGCCAUACAAUAAUGCUUAAGACAUGAAGGGCUUGCUGAAGAUGAAACUCCCUGCUUGUUUUCCACAUCAUUUUCAAGCACUCUUUCUGAAGCUAAUGUAAUGCCACAGAGUGCUACGGAGCAGACAAAGGCUUGCCUGUCAUGGAGGGAGGAGGCUUGCUGCCAAAAGGCCUCACUUGUUUGUUUUGUGUGCAUGCAUGUAUCUGUGUUUGUUUGUUUUUUAGCAGUACAAAUUUUUUCUUCUAUCAGUUUUUAAACCUGUGGCGGGUUGCAAUAAUCUAUAGUUUUAAAUGAGAGGCUGUUCAAAUCAUAUUUCAUCAUGGCCAUAGACAAGAUCCAUUCAUGUAAAUUAUUUACAAGAUAAUGAAGGUUUAGUAACUUUAUUUUUAAUGGAGUUUUAUUUUGUGGAUAUUCUGAAUAUGUGGUAAUAUAAUGACAACACAUACUAAUGAUAUUUUUUUAUGUUUUGUCUUUAAAUCCCCUUUAGUAAUUUUAGGCCAAUGAAGUCAAAUA